CCGGGACAACAUGGCGGCGUCCGGAGGGUCCACGACCAGCAACACAAACAUACCAGAGUACGAAUACUCCGACGUGAACACCAAACCGUUUCACAUCGGCGGCUUCAGGAGCGAGUGGCUGAGCAGACUGACGCCCGAGGACUACUCCUACCAGCCGGAGGAGGAGGACACGUUUGACGCUAACUUCGCCAAAGAGCACGGGGUCAGUGCGGAGACCAUGGCGGAGCUGAAGUCCGUCUGCAGUAUCGAUUCACUCCGUUGCCAUCCUGAGGACGAGCAGCCCGACCCGGAGGUGGUGCCUCCGAACCCGACGCUUCAAACACUGAUAGAAAGGAAAAAGAAACAAGAUUAUAAGGCUUCUCGGAAAAUCACCAAGAACAGACAUGACCUCUACGCCAAUGAACUGGAGCGUUUAACUUAUGGUAUGAAACCAGAAGCAGUGGAUGACAUACUGCCGGAGGGAGAAGUCAUUCUGACCGUCAACGUCUACUACCCGGCCAGUUAUGAUAAAUUUAACUACGUCAGACCCCACAUGACCUUGCUGAUGACGGGCUCCCACAGCUUGGCGGAGUUCAGGGACGCCAUUUGCUGCGUCAGCGACCUGCAGGUGUGCGGCGAGUUCAGCAACACGCCGAACAUCGCUCCCGACUUCAUCAGCAAAGAUCACUACAAGUCAGCUUUCUUUUACUUCGAAGGCGUUUUCUACAACGACAUGCGGUACCCGGAGUGUCAGGACAUCAGCAUGACGACGAUUGAAUGGGCAAAGAGCCACAACUUCCCGUCCUACAGCCAGGCCAAGAUGGAGGACACGCGCUUCAUGGACCUGAAUGUGAAAGUGGGCUUCCCGUACCUCUACUGUCACCAGGGAGACUGCGAACACCUCGUCAUCAUCACAGACGUCAGACUGACGCACAAGAACGACUGCCUGGACAAGGAGCUGUAUCCGCUCCUCACUCACAAACACAGAGUAGCCACUCAGAAGUGUUCCGUUUGCCAUAUCUUCAUUGGAAGAUGGUUUACCACCAACGACGAGUUUGCUCCCAGUCACCCGUGUCUCUUCUGUGACAAGUGUUUCCGGACGCUCCACUACAACGAAGACGGCUACAAGCUGGGAGACUUCCUGGCCUAUCCCUACGUGGACCGAGGGGCCUUCAACUGAAGCUCCUCUGGAGUGACUGGGUCCAGUCACUGAUUUAUUGCUGUAUAAUACAGUUAAAUAUCUUUGUUUUUCACAAAGAAACAUUCUUGUGCAUUUGUUUAUUUAUUUGUUCUGGUUUUUUAUAUUUCUGUUUGAAAUAAAUGGUCAAAUGUACUGCUUAUUCUUUGUUGCAUUUCAAAUAUGGAAUUGUUUAACCUUCUUCCCAUUGAUGGAACAAUAUCAAUAAUAAUAGAGAGGCUGAAUAAAGGACUUGAAGAACAAGGACAUUCUU